GCUUAAAUACACGAUAACGUAACAUUAGCUACGGCUAUGUAUGACCUUUAUUUCACCUUGAUAAGGUCGACGGGGUGACAAUCUUCCAAAUUUUUGACACUUUGCUUCAGCCGGUUGACAGACGUCUGGGUGGUGCGAUUUUAUAUCCAGAAAAUAUCAAAUAGCUGCUCUUCAAAGAUGCCCAUCAAAAGCAUCCUCGCUCGCCAAAUCUUCGACUCUCGUGGUAACCCCACCGUCGAAGUCGAUCUCGUCACCGAAUUGGGAUUGUUCCGUGCUGCUGUACCAUCUGGAGCCAGUACUGGUAUCUACGAAGCUCUUGAACUCCGUGACAAUGUCAAGGGAGAAUACCACGCCAAAGGUGUCAAAACUGCCAUCAACAACAUCAAUUCCAUAAUCGCACCUGAACUGAUCAAAUCAGGCCUAGAAGUUACCGCACAAACAGACGUCGACAAUUUCAUGUUGAAACUCGAUGGAACCGAAAACAAAUCCAAAUUGGGGGCCAACGCUAUCUUGGGUGUGUCACUAGCCGUUGCCAAAGCCGGAGCCGCCAAGAAGGGAGUACCAUUGUACAGACAUUUGGCUGAUUUGUCUGGAAACAAAGACAUCAUUUUGCCCGUUCCUGCCUUCAACGUCAUCAAUGGUGGAUCUCACGCUGGUAACAAGCUAGCUAUGCAGGAAUUCAUGAUCCUUCCAACUGGAGCUGCCAACUUCACAGAAGCCAUGCGCAUGGGAAGCGAAGUCUACCAUCACCUCAAGAAAGUCAUCAAGGAUAGAUUCGGCUUGGACGCUACUGCUGUAGGUGAUGAAGGUGGUUUUGCUCCCAACAUCCUCAACAACAAAGACGGUCUCGAACUCAUCAAGGUUGCUAUCGCAAAUGCUGGAUACACAGGCAAGAUCGAAAUUGGUAUGGAUGUUGCUGCAUCUGAAUUCUACAAAGAAGGCAAAUACGACUUAGACUUCAAAAACCCCAACUCCGACAAAAGCAAAUGGAUCACUCCUGACCAACUUCUUGACCUCUACCAAGAAUUCAUCAAAGAAUACCCCAUCGUUUCCAUUGAAGAUCCCUUCGACCAAGAUGACUGGCCAGCAUGGUCCAAAAUCACUGCUGCAACCUCCAUCCAAAUUGUCGGUGACGAUUUAACAGUCACAAACCCAAAACGUAUCCAAACCGCAGUAGAGAAGAAAGCUUGUAACUGCUUGCUUUUGAAAGUCAACCAAAUUGGUACCGUGACAGAGUCCAUCCAAGCCCACAAUCUGGCCAAGGCCAACGGUUGGGGCACCAUGGUUUCCCACAGGUCUGGUGAAACCGAAGACACUUUCAUCGCCGAUCUUGUCGUAGGUCUUUCCACUGGUCAAAUCAAGACUGGAGCUCCUUGCAGAUCAGAACGUUUGGCUAAAUACAACCAAAUUCUCCGUAUCGAAGAAGAGUUAGGAUCCGCAGCUAAAUAUGCUGGAAAAUCAUUCCGUAAACCUCAGUAAGUGACAAUAAGGAUAUGUAAAAAAAAACUCGUAGUUUGAGGGUAUUGUCAAGAGAAUGUUGUUUUCUCUCUAAUAUGUUAAGAGCAAAGUAAACGCUAUGUUGUCAAAACUGUACUAUUGUCAUCAAAUAGUUGUACUGUAUGAGAUAUUUAUCUUUUUGUGGUUAUUAUAAAUCUAAAAUAUAUUGUUAUUUAUUUUC